UAACUAUAAUCAUCUGUUUAGCUAGCUUGAGUCGAACAGAGGUGAGUUUCUCAAAAUAAGGCACUUGUUUUUAAACGUUGAAGUUAUCGUUUCCCCCCCCCCCGCCCAUUCUACUUGUAGCGUGUCACCUGUUCCCAAUGGGGUUCAAUAAGACGUACAUCAGUAUAGGGUAUGCCUCUUUUGGCAUGCUUAUGGGAUUCUCAGCGUUUCUCGUGUGGAACAUCGCGUACAACCAACCAUGGACAGCUGCAAUGGGAGGAUUAUCAGGUGUGCUGGCGCUCUGGGCCCUCAUCACCCACAUCAUGUACCUGCAGGACUACUGGCGCACCUGGCUGAAGGGCCUCAAAUUCUUCCUCUUCAUCGGAGUCGUCUUCUCCCUGCUGGCCGUGGUGGCUUUCAUCACCUUCCUCUCCCUUGCCAUUACCAACAAAGAGUCCAUGACUGACCCGAGGAGCCUGUUUCUUUCGGGCGUGUGGAGCUUCAUGACUCUAAAGUGGUCCUUCCUGCUGGCUCUCUAUUCCCACCGCUACCGCAAGGAGUUUGCCGACGUCAGCAUCCUCAGUGACUUUUGAUGAGGGCCCUUGAACAGCCCCCCCCCCCCCCCCACCCAAUGGAGGUCUAUGGAAGACUAACUAGCAGGGCUCCUAACCUGAGGGUGCUAACUAGGGGAGAAGGGAGGGGGUGAAGAUUUGAGGAGUUGAUGAAGCCAAGUAGUCAUGACGAGGAUGAGUGCUGGAAUGAGGGUUGAUCUGAAAGGCGUGGGGUAGCUGCACAUACACCAGAUGUCUUCCACCAAUCGCUUGCUUAUAAAUCCACGUGGGGAGAGUGAACGAGCACACACUUUGGGGAGAAGGGUAGUGAAUCGGAACACAACCUGUGUGUUGUCUGUGUUAAUGGGAGAAUUAGUACCUGGACCUCUGUCCAUGCCCGCACCUUCUCGGUUAGAUUACCCCCCCCCCCUCCCAUGUGUAUGUAUGUGACACUGUCUGUGCUCCUCUUGUAUGUCUUCGACACAUGUUUUUAGAGUCAAUAUCUCCCUUUUUAUGAGAUUUGAAUCUUCUUUUUGGUGACUUUGUGGGUAAUCCAUGUUAAUUGUGUACAUCACGUGUGAAAACUCAUUCCACGGAGGGCCUAGUGUCUGCGGGUUUUCGUUCCUCCCUUGUACUUGAUUGAUGAAGGUCACUAAUUAGUAAAAAACUCAUUUCACCUGGUUGCCUCUGUUUUAAUUGAAAGGAAAACCCCAAAACCUGCAGACACUAGGCCAUUCGUGGAAUGAGUUUAACAACCCUGCUGUACAUCUUCCUGUGCUUAUAUACCUAGGAACAUAUUCUUAACAAGAUAUAUAAUUGAUGUGGUUAUGAUAGAGAAUUCGUUUCCAUUCUCUUGCCACAAGGGGGAGUCAGUCGAUCAAAUGUUGCAGCUGUUGGUAAAACAUCCCACUCAUUUAGAAAGUUGUUAGAAAACAGAGCAAAGUUUCUGCACACAUAUAAAACAUGCAUUAUACACAACAAAAGGACACGUCACAGGCCUGUUUGGGGAAAUCCUAGUAGUCUUUUUUUUUAAUUUUUAGGAUGACUUUUGAUCUGUGUUAUCGAUGUGUGAACUUUUAGUCCACAGAAGCCUGCUGUCGCUUCGGAGUCAGUGUAUGUGCUGAAGCAACUACAUUUAGAGUAUCAUGUCUCAACACUUAUGUAUUAUGAUACAGUUAUAAUACUUUGGAAAUGAGACUUGUAUAAUGUCUUAUAGCGUUACACCUGUCAGUGUUCGACACUAUAGUUUUUGAAGAGAUUAUAUGAAGAAGAAUUGCACUACCGUCACAGAAUGUUAGAACAACUGCCUUUUUUCCCCACAAGUUGCCAAUGGAAACCCAACUGCCUCGUCUUAUUUGAACGGAGAACGCUCAAAGGAGGGGAGCUCCUUUUGUGGAAUUUGUGUCAUUGCUGUGCCUUCGCUUUAGCUCUCAAACGUUAUUCACCAUCAUCAUACUGCUGCUUAUGGAGAUGAAUUUGAUUGUGCUCUACCUUUUUUUCCCUUGACAUCUGUUUGCUUCUCUGUGGGCUACCACAUGUAUCAUAUUGUACUAUAAAGAAACAUGACAUUGUGUAUAUCCACUUGUAUGUCUGUGUGAGAGCCAUAUUAAUAAAGUAUAAUUUUAUGACA